AUGUUUAUUUUGCAGGCCGCCGCAAUGUGGCCUGGAGUGCUACCUCUGGUAGUAUUACUGAUAUUCCUGGUGCAUCCCUCAAGAUGCUCGCCGGGAAAGGUCAACUACCGGGAGAAAGAGAAGGAAGUCCUGGACGAUAUUCUCGGGGAAAAAAAAUACGACGCUCGUAUUCGACCGAGUGGAGAGAAUGGAACAGAUGGGCCGGCCAUUGUCCGGGUAAACCUGUUUGUAAGAAGCAUUGCAACAAUUAGUGACAUCAAGAUGGAAUAUUCAGUACAAUUGACGUUUCGAGAACAAUGGCUGGAUGAACGGCUCAAGUUCAAUGAUUACGGAGGACGGUUGAAAUAUCUAACUUUGACAGAAUCGUCGCGAGUAUGGAUGCCGGAUCUUUUUUUUUCAAAUGAGAAAGAAGGACAUUUUCACGAAAUCAUCAUGCCAAAUGUAUAUAUUCGAAUAUUUCCUCAUGGCUCGGUACUCUACAGUAUACGAAUAUCUUUGACUCUAUCGUGUCCGAUGAACUUGAAGCUGUACCCACUAGAUCGGCAAACUUGCUCAUUAAGAAUGGCCAGUUAUGGUUGGACGACUGACGAUUUAGUAUUUGUUUGGAAAGAGGGCGAUCCCGUCCAGGUAGUGAAAAAUUUACACCUCCCACGUUUCACCCUGGAAAAAUAUCUCACUGAUUACUGUAACAGUAAAACAAAUACAGGCGAAUACAGUUGCCUAAAAGUGGAUUUACUUUUUAAGCGUGAAUUCAGUUACUAUCUAAUACAAAUUUAUAUACCAUGUUGUAUGUUAGUUAUUGUCUCGUGGGUGUCUUUUUGGUUAGAUCAAAGCGCCGUACCAGCUCGAGUGUCACUUGGAGUGACAACAUUACUGACAAUGGCGACACAAACGUCUGGAAUAAACGCUUCACUGCCACCAGUCUCCUACACAAAAGCCAUCGACGUAUGGACAGGAGUGUGCCUGACCUUUGUAUUCGGUGCGCUGCUAGAGUUUGCACUGGUUAAUUAUGCCUCGCGGAGUGACAUGCACCGAGACAACUUGAAAAAGAAAUACCGUGAAACAGAGCACUCAUCAUCCGUCGAUCCGACAACUGAGCUCCUUGAACAAGACGGUUCCGCCAAUUUCCAAAUGGUCGUGGCUGUCCAAGUUCCCGACGAGAUCCAAGCGCAUCGACGUCAUCUCACGGAUCACUUUCCCCCUCGUAUUCGCUCUGUUCAACCUCACGUACUGGUCAACGUACCUGUUCCGGGACGAGGCGGAGAACGAGUAAAUAGCAACAGCAACAACAACAACAACAACAACAACAAUUUUUCACCAGCUAUCAACGAGGGAUCCUUUGGAUCAAAAGACGUGGCUCGCGGCCAUCUCUACCACCACUCUCACUCACCGAGACACCACCACCACCACCACCACCACCACCAUCACUCUCAGCGUUCACGCUCUCAUCCACGCAACACCUCAACCACGGGCAAUCAUCAGCAUUCUCACAAUGUCUAUCCACACAUGAACAAUCACCAGCAUCAGCUUGGUCAGCUUAGUCAGCAGCCGUACAACACUAGGCAGCGGCAACACCGUCAUCAUCAUCACCAUCAGCGUCAACAGCCUCACUCACCGACUUCAUCUAGCCAAACAGAGGAGGGAGAGACCACUGGUCACGGAUCUCCAGGAGUUCUGUCGCUUAAUUCCCGGAUACCACCGUCUUCUUCGAGGUGUUCAUCCUCCCCAGCCUCGUCAGCGUCCCGCAUGGAGACCCCUUCGCCGUCUCCGUCGAUGCUGGUCUGCGCUGGGAAUAAAACCAACAUAAAGACUUCUGCUGGCAACACCUCAGCUAAAGUUAUCCGAAUAUUUCCGCGACUACCUAUUGGAAAUCGUGAUUCCUGCUCUAACUACUUCAAAAAGCUCUUCAGUUGUCGGGCUAAGGGCAGCGCGAGAAUUGACGUUAUCGCACGGUUCGCAUUUCCCUUUAUGUUUGUCGUAUUCAACUUCGCUUACUGGUCCAUGUACCUAUUUCGGGAUGAAGAAACCAAUACUAAAAUGAAUUGA